AUGAGCGCCGCCUCGCCUCCAGCGUCGCCAACGAGGCGGUCAGGUUUCUUGCGAACGCUGGUCACUGGAGUCGAGCCUGUCGACAGGGAAACGCAUGCGCAGCGCUGGAACCGCCCGAUGAUUGGACCGAGAUCGUCGACCGACCGCGAUGAACGGACGAACGUGAACGAAGCCGGCGGAACGGGGAGUAAAGUCGCUUCUCUCGUCCAGGGAUGGGAAGAAGCCAGUCUCGGGGCCAAGUCGCGCCCGUACAGCGCUCUCCCGCCUGGUCCGACGUCGCCAGUCAAACGCUCGUUCGGUCCCAGCGUCGACGUGCCCAACCGUCCAUCAACCUCCCGUUCCUCCAGUCAAAACCCGUCUCCUUCUUCGCCUACCGACUCUCGCGGCCACUCGCCCACCGUGCCAGCUUCAGUCUUCCAGGGACAGCUGGCGAAGAGGAACGUCGCCGAACUAGGACACCGUCGUUUCUCGCCUCACCCUCGUUCCCCCGUCGACAAGGAGAACCACCCAAGUCAACCUUCUCCAGCCGCCUCGCGCCUCGCUCUUUCCCUCAGCGCGGGCCUCGACAGCUCCAGUGCAUCAUCUUCAAGCUCUCCGCGUACUCUCAGCUCCGGCACCGACGUCUCGCAGCUGACGGACGCCUUCACCGACUUGACAAUGGCGACGAGGUCGAGCGAGUCGACGCAUGCGAGCAGUCUCGUCACCAACUCUGCCGAGGACGCGUUUGUGGGCGUCGCUUCGGUCGUCACGCUCCAGCGCGGCGAGCAGCCUCGUGCCCCUGCGCCUCGGAGCGUUCUUCAGGCGACGCCGACACGCAACAAGGUUCUUGACGCUCCACAGAUCAUUCGUACGGCGCCGACGCCUGCGCGCCCUCCUCAGCCUUCUCGCGAACCGUCCAGUCCCGGCUUGCCCUACCUCUCGAGCCCUACACGCGAAGAGCCUCUUCGACCCGAAGGUCCCGUCCCCUUCGACCGGCCCCUCCUCCCACAACGACCAACGUCGUCCUUCAUUGAAGCUCUUCCCGCUUCGUACGGUCGCGCCAGUCCCGACUCCACCGAAGCGCAGUACAGGCGCCUUCCGCUUGAGAGUCAGCCACCGACGCCUCAGAUGCCGGCGGCAGCUCGUGCGCGGGCGAGGCCCCGGUCGUCCUCUCUCGGUGCGGGUUUGAAGCAGUCUUUCGAGCAGCGGCAGACGGAGACGGCGGAUGAGAAGCGGACGCGCAUCGAGCGCGACUUCGAGGAUCUGCUGGACACGAUGCAGCUCCCUGACCAGACUGUGCGAAGCAAGAUGCUCGGUCUCGCCCUCCCGCUCAAGGAAGAGAUGCUCCGCGCGGCGCCGCCUCGAUCCGCGGCAUCGCUCAACGCCUCGCAUCGUCCAACGCACCAACGCGGACGCUCGCUCAACGUAAACGACGGGCAUCCUCCCGCCGUCACUCGCCUCGACGGACCGAAGGGCAAGAAAGAGGGCGGGUCCUCCUUCAAGUCUUUCCUCCGCAAGACCAAGUCGAACAGCUCGCUGCGCGGCGAGAACGCCAAGGCGUCUUCUGCGCCGUCCAGGCCUGGCUCGUCAUCCGGCCGCUCGAGGUCGCACUCUCGCACGGCUUCCGCUACGUCGAUCCUGCUGCGCAGCCUCGGCAAGUCGAGCGGUACGACCGCUGCUGUGCAAGUAUCGAGCCCGGUUGAAGCCGAGGACGCGACGUUCUGGGCGGUCAGGUUGCGGAGUACUCGCUGCGCCACCCUCGAGGCAAAGGAGCUGGGUCGUCUGCGCGGUCGCUUGAGGAACGAAGCACCUCUCUGGAUCGACGAGUUCGUCAAGAGCGGCGGUUACCUCGGUUUGCUUGAGCGCCUCAGGGAGCUCCUCGACAUGGAGUGGAGGGAGGAGCAGCACGACGACCAGGUCCUGUACGAGGUGUUGCGUUGCUUCAAGGCCUUGACGAUGACCGCAGUCGGCAAGCGUGCACUCGCUUCGCACUCGCCAACGCCUUUCCUUCCCGUCGCCGCCCUCCUCUUCUCCGAAAAGCGUCCCGGCGACCUUCCCUGCCGGCAGAUCCUCGUCGAGCUCAUUCACUCUCUCUUUGAGAUCUGCCCCACCGCCUGCGACACGCUUCAUAAGUCCGCCUGGUCCGACACGCAGGUCUCGCUCGAGCUGGCACCGAUGUCGCCCGUCCCGCCGUCGAGUCCCAACUUUGGCUCAGGUUCCGAAGGGACCGGCAGCGGUGGUGUCCGUCGGUACACCCGUCGCGCCAAAUCGGGCGACGACUCGAUGGACUCGGUUGAGCGGGAAGAAGUCUUGACGCCCGAGCGGAUCCAGCAGGCUCACCGCUUCGUCACGAGCCUGAUGGAGGGCCCGCCGAACGAGGCGGAGGAGUCGAAGGUCGACUUCAUCCAGGCGGCGCACAAGCCGAGAAUCUUCAAGGCCUGGGUGAAGGAGAUUGCCGACUGCGUGCGGGACUACUUCUGGGUCUUCUGCCACUCGAACAACCUGUUCUGGACUCUCGAGCAGAUCGACGCCGACGCGAUCGAAGCGCCUAAAGUCCCGAGUGGCAUGACGGGCGGUGUCGAGUACGAGGCGAUGGCCUACUGCACGGCGCACUUCCGCCUGAUCAACGCCAUCGCGAGGACUUGCCCGACCGUCGAGGCCGCCUUCGCCUUCCACGAGCAGCUCUUCAUGAGCGGCUUCGAGCGUGUGCUCUUCACCCUCCGGCGCGCCUCGCUCGUCUACUACCAGUCGCUCCACCUCGAGAUGAGCCGCUACAUCUCGCUCGCUCGCUCAGCCCGCUUCAACCUCGGCCCUCGCAUCCUCGCCUGCGUCGAUCGCCGCUUCCUGCGACCGGAGGAGCAGAUGGUCCUGCGCGAGGCUGAGCGCAAAAACGCCCAGUAUCAGUCGAGGUCGGGCGCGCCGCAGAUCGGCGCCAUCUUCUGA